UCAGGAAUCAGGAUGUACGUCACGUGGUAAAGCUUCUUCAUUGACCCUCGUGUUUUUCGUGCAUAUCGGUGGGUGUGUUUAACUGCUAAGUCCCGGGUAUCUACGUAAUAAAAUGGCCGAAGACAAACCCCAGAUGGUUCGAGAUGAAACAGUGCAAGUUAUUGCUCAGGAUUAUGCAGCAGCUGAUAAAGUUGAGAAUGGAGAGUCAACAGAAGCUGCCAAAGCUGCAAUGACCAAGGAUAACACAAUGCUUGUCACAGCUAAGGAGGGAGAAGCUCUUCUUGAGGCUUCAGGAAAACCUGACCCCGAUGCAAAGACACGUGGCGAACAGAAGAAGAUUGACGAGAUUCAAGCUGAAGAAGCUGAGGCUGAAGAACCAACUCCCAAGAAGCCAAGGAUCUCUAAAGAUACCACAAUGAAGGCAACGGCAAGUGAAGCGAAAGGAAUUCUUGGCAAAGAGAAGCUUGGAGAUACUAGACAAGGAACAAAAGCCAAAAGAGAGAGGGGAACCCCCAAGAGGGCAAGCACCAUGGCAAAAACUAUGGCUGAAGGUCAAGCAUUGUUAGCCAAUGAGAAAGAACUGUCACCAGACGCUAGCUCAGGACGUAGAACCAGGUCACAAACACGAAGUCCCGCUAAACCUGCCAUUAAAAGAGCAGGAACCAUGCAACAAACUGCCAAGGAAGGUAAGGAAUACCUCAAGAGGAGCAGAAAAGGAAAGAAAGCUGCGGCUCCUGUAGAGGAGGAAGAGAGCAUUGAUGAUAAGAAAGAAGCUGAGGAAAAUAAUGUAGAAGAUACAAAAGACACAGCCAAGGAAGGAGAACCAAAUGGAGAUGCAGAAAAAAUAGAAGAAAAAACUGAAGUUGAGGCAAGUUAGACCUCGACGAGGGUCUCCACAGAAACUUGGAUCUUCUUCACUCAUCUUCAGCAUUGAAGCGACUUUAGCAGGUAGACUUAAAGAAUUUUGGUUCAUCAACUGAAAAUUUAAGAUACCAAGAGACAUAAUGGGAGUAAAUCAGUGUAUAGGGAUUAAUUGUAAUACAUGUAAUGACUGCAUGAGAGAUUUAGCAUUGGACCAAGGAAUACAUACGUGUAUAAAGUUUUCUUGUUUUGAUUAUCAGACAGUUGUACAUUUUAAAAUGGAUAUUCAAUAUCACUGGAAAGUUGAAUACUUUGUAGUUAAUGGAUAUUUAAUAUCGAUAGCAAGUUUAAUACUGUGUAGUACAUGUACUAAAGUGUGAAAGGGUAUAUUUUAGAAAUUAAGAGACAAAUAUGUACUUUUGAUUAUCUAGUGGAUCUGAAGUUAUGUGUGCGUGUGUGUGUGUUAAAAUAAUGAACCCACCAUGGAUAGUAAGAGAGAGAUUAUCUUAAAUAAUGCAUUCAUAAACUAUAAAUAUCAAAAGAUAUCAUACAUAUAUGUUAUACAUUAUACAUCUCACAUAUAAACUUUCAUGUAUUGAAAUCAGUUUCUACAUGGUUGUUACCUACAUUUCAUCUAAAAUUAAUUUUACAAUUUAACUUAUACACCGGUGUUUACAAACAGACAAUGUAAUUGACGUGUAGAUAACUCUAAGAGCAAUGAGAAAACAAUGUAAGUAGCUGCUUAUUAUGCUUCAAAAUGUCUUCAGAAUCAUGAUUUGUACAGUUUGUUCACAUUUCCAUGUUUCCAUUUCUUCGAAAGAUUGCAAUGAGUCAGUGAUUCUCCAUGGUUUUUGUUAGUUGCUAUGGAGAUGUAGGGUAUACAAGUUAAGUGCAACUCAAUGUUCUAGUUUUUGGCAAUUUAAAAAAAAAAAAAAUUUUAGUUUUAAUUUCUGUUUUUAUUGUUGGAUUUCCCAAAAUAAAAGUGUUGUAUUAUUUCUUUUAAUUAACUUAUGAAAAUAAUAUUUGGAGCCUCAGAACUAUGAUAUGGAUAAUAUAAACGAGAAUCCAGCAGAGAGCAACCAUUUAUAAUGACUUUAGUACAACAUUUUUAAUAUGACACCACCAUAAAAUGUUAGUUCUCACAUAAUAUGUAUAGAUCAUUUUAACAUGGCGUUUUAUAAUUUGACAUACUCAUUAUCAUAUGACUGUCAUCAAUCACGAUAUAUCACAAAUAGUUGACAAUUUAGCAAUACAAAAUUGCAUAAUGAAUGUUUAAUAUUAUCUUAUGAAAUUAUUUGUAGUAAUAGUAUUAUAUAUUUAUUAAUUGUUGUUUAAUUAUUAUCAAUGUCCACAUCGCAGAUACAUUUUACAACUCUGUAGUAUGUUUAGUAAUAAAUUCAAAUGUAUUUUAAUGAUAUUUGUAUGGAUAAUAUCUAUGUAUACACAGAUUUAUCAUAUAGAGUUUUAGAGGGCUAUAAUUGGUAUUGUGAUCAUUUUGUACUUGAAUAACAUGUUUUUUGUUUUGUGAUUACAUAUACAUAAUAUAAUACUAUAUCUUUUAUGGUAUAUAGAAAU